AUGUCCAAGCACCUCCGCGAGACUUUCGCCGCCAAGGAGGAGCAGAACUCGCCCGCGUUCGUCACCUUUUUGACGGCGGGCUUCCCCUCGGUCGAUGCCACCGUCCCGCUCAUGCUCGCCAUGGAGCGUGGCGGCUCCGACAUCAUCGAGCUCGGCGUCCCCUUUACCGACCCGCUCGCCGACGGCAAGGCCAUCCAGGAGUGCAACAACGUUGCGCUCGCCCAGGGCGUCGACUACAACAAGUGCCUCGAGUUUGUCAAGGAGGCGCGCUCGCAGGGCCUCAAGACGCCGGUCAUCCUCAUGGGCUACUUCAACCCGCUCUUGGCACACGGCGAGGAGCGCGCGGUGCGCGACGCCAAGGAGGCCGGCGCCAACGGCUUCAUCAUCGUCGACCUGCCGCCCGAGGAGGCCGUCGAGUUCCGCAAGAUCUGCACGCGCGAGGAGGUGUCGUACGUUCCCCUGAUCGCGCCCUCGACCUCGACCGAGCGCAUCAAGUUCCUCGCGUCGAUCGCCGACUCGUUCAUCUACGUCGUGAGCAAGAUGGGCACGACGGGCGCGUCGGACAAGGUGUCGUCGUCGCUGUCGGGCAUGCUCGACCAGAUCCGGUCGCUCCUCCCGCACGAGAUCCCGCUCGCGGUCGGGUUCGGCGUCGCGACGCAGGAGCACUUUGAGGAGGUCGGGCGCGUCGCCGACGGCGUCGUCAUCGGGUCGCAGCUCGUCCAGGUCAUCAAGGACUCGGUCACGCUCGGCCCGGCCGCGGCCGCGAGUGCCGUCGAGGCGUACUGCCAGCGCGUGUCGGGCAACCGGGCGCGGUCGGCGCCGCUCCCCAAGCGGGUCGUGAGCGACGCCGACAAGGUCAAGGAGGUCGAGAACGUGCAGGAAAAGGUCGGCAAGGCGGCCCGGUUCGGCGACUUUGGCGGCGCGUACGUGCCCGAGGCGCUGUACGACGCGCUCGAGGAGUUGACGACGGCGUACGCCGACGCACGGGCCGACCCCGAGUUCUGGAAGGAGUGGGAGGCCGAGUUCGGCUACAUGAACCGCCCGAGCCAGCUGUACGAGGCCAAGCGCAUGACCGAGCACUGCGGCGGCGCGCGCAUCUGGUUCAAGCGCGAGGACCUCAACCACACGGGCUCUCACAAGAUCAACAACGCGAUUGGCCAGAUCCUCCUCGCUCGCCGCAUCGGCAAGACCCGCAUCAUUGCCGAGACGGGCGCCGGCCAGCACGGCGUCGCGACGGCGACCGUCUGCGCCAAGUUCGGCCUCGAGUGCAUCGUCUACAUGGGCGAGGAGGACGUGCGCCGCCAGGCGCUCAACGUGUUCCGCAUGCGCAUGCUCGGCGCCAAGGUCGUCGCCGUCGCGAGCGGCACCAAGACGCUCAAGGACGCCAUCAACGAGGCCAUGCGCGACUGGGUCACCAACCUCACCAACACGCACUACCUUGUCGGGUCCGCCAUCGGCCCUGCGCCGUUCCCGACCAUCGUGCGCGACUUUCAGAGCGUGAUCGGCACCGAGAUCAAGACGCAGCUGUACGGCCUCACGGGCAAGCUUCCCGACGCCGUCAUCGCGUGCGUCGGCGGCGGCAGCAACGCGAUCGGCACCUUCCACCCGUUCAUCAACGACAAGUCGGUGCGCAUCGUCGGCGUCGAGGCGGCGGGCGAGGGCGUCGACACGGAGCAUCACUCGGCGACCAUCUCGCGCGGCACCAAGGGCGUCUUCCACGGCGUGCGCACCUACAUCCUGCAGUCGGCCGUCGGCCAGAUCAUGGGCACGCACUCGAUCUCGGCCGGGCUCGACUACCCGGGCGUCGGCCCCGAGCACGCGUGGCUGCACGAGACCAAGCGCGGCGAGUACACGUCUGCGACCGACGAGGAGGCGCUGCGCGGGUUCCGCGCGUGCACCCAGAUGGAGGGCAUCAUCCCGGCGCUCGAGACGAGCCACGCCGUGUGGGCCACGAUGAAGCUCGCCAAGACGCUCCCCAAAGAGGCCAACAUCGUCAUGACUCUCUCUGGUCGCGGCGACAAGGAUGUGCAAGAGAUCUCGGAGAUCCUGCCGGGCAAGUGGGCCGACAAGCUCGACUGGCACGUCGACGGCAACGCCAACGUUGUCAAGGGCUGAGCGUCGCACGCCGCCUCGUUCCUCCUCACGACUUGGUAGAGCCUCUCUUUUGUCUUCCUUCCUCUCGAACGCUGCGGUGCAGUACUUGCCGCGGCGGCACCUGUAACAUUGCGCACCCUUGUCUAUGCU